AGAUCUUCAGGUUGAUAACUGCUGGAUUUCACUCUGGAGCAAAGGCAGGAUUACAGUCUAGUCAAGAUGAGCAGCUCGAAUGAGAAACGUGCAUUGUCUCCGGACCCGGCUGUCGCUGCGCCAGUGGGUGAGGUAGCUGUGUCUGUGGUAGAGGCGCCUGUUGCAAAGAAGGCAAAGAUCGAGGACGAUGGAAAGACUGGCGAGGAGGUACAGACGGAGACUCAAGAGGUCAAAAUCGACGCGCGAGACGCAAGAGAUCACGGAAUCGCCCGCGUGAAGGCAGAAUUCCGCGUGCCGAAAUCAGACUACACAGUCACGGACACCGUGCCUAGCCGUGACAACGACGACGAGUCCGAGCUGAACGGACGAGAGGAUACCUCGCGUCGGCAGAAGCGCGAACGCGGACAGAAUAAGAACCGCAAGUUUGGGAAAGCUCAUGACGUGAUUCGACUGUGCGAGGCGAUCAAGGACGGAGGGGUUUGCUCACAUGGCGAUCAGUGCAAAUAUGAGCAUGAUCUUUCAAAGUACAUUGCCUCAAAGCCAGAAGAUCUCUCGGGAACAUGUCCAGUCUACGAAGCAAUCGGGUACUGUCCCGCCGGCGUCAAAUGCCGCUGGAUGUACUCGCACUGGAGCAAAGAGAGUAACAAGAGUUUAGUAGACGAGGCAAAGAAAGCGGCGGCAGGACGAGAGAUGAACCGGAUCGAUCGCUCCGAGCAACUCCUUCUUCAGCGCAAGAAAUUCCCAACCCCGAAAUCUGAUCUGAUCCUGCCCUAUCUAGAAUCAGUCAAAGAAGACAACAUCGCGCGAAACGGCGGCAACGGCGGCGUCCCGAUGACGAACGAGGAGCGAGCCGAUAACGCGGCCACGUACAUCGAGGCACCAAUCAAGCCCGGCGAGAAAAAACGACUAAACUACUCGCACGCCAAAAUCCUCUCGCCGCUGACAACGGUCGGAAACUUGCCCUUCCGUCGACUGUGCCGCGAGUUUGGCGCGAACGUGACGUACUCGGAGAUGGCGCUCGCGCUGCCGCUGCUGCAAGGCACGAAGCCCGAGUGGGCGCUGCCGCGCACGCACACGGACGAGAUCGGCGGGUUUGGUGUGCAGAUUGCGGCGCCGAAGCCGUGGCAGGCAAUCAAAGCGACCGAGGCGCUCGUCGAGUACUGCGAAGUGAGCGCAGGAGGAUUGUCGGAGAUCAACCUCAACUGCGGGUGCCCGAUCGAUCUCGUCUACCGGUCUGGAGCCGGGUCGGCGCUGCUCGACGCGCAAACCAAGAUGCUGCGGAUGCUCAAGGGUAUGAACGCAGUCUCGGGCGAGGUGCCAAUCACAGUCAAGCUGCGGAUGGGCACAAGAGACAAGACACCGAUAGCAAAGAAGCUCGUCCAGAGGCUCGUGAGGGAGGGAGAUGUUGCGGCGAUCACUCUGCACGGCCGUUCUCGGCAGCAGCGAUACACGCGCCUGGCGGACUGGCAGUAUAUUUCCGAGACUGCGCAGAUCGCCCGCGAUACCUUCCACGAGGUCGAAGACAAGAACAAGGACGGUCCCGAGCGUGCGCCGGUGUGGUUCAUCGGAAACGGCGACUGCUACUCCUGGAAGGACUGGUGGGACGCAGUCGACAACUACAACGUAGACUCGGUGAUGAUUGCCCGCGGCGCGUUGAUCAAGCCCUGGAUCUUUGAGGAAAUCGACGCGAAGCAGUACCUCGACAAGACCGCGACCGAGCGCCUUGAGAUGAUCAAGCGGUUCGCGCACCUCGGCCUCGAGCACUGGGGCUCAGACGAGUACGGUAUCAACAACUGCCGCCGCUUCCUGUGCGAGUUCCUCUCGUUCUCGUGCCGCUAUGUUCCGGUCGGAAUUCUGGAGACUCUGCCGCCGCGACUGCAGGACAGGCCGGAGAAGUGGAAGGGCCGGAAUGAGCUCGAGACGUUGUUGGGUAGUGGAGAUUACAGGGAUUGGAUCAAGAUCAGUGAGAUGGUUUUAGGACCGUGUCAUGAGAAUUUCGAGUUCCAGCCAAAGCACAAGAGCAAUGCCUACGAGCAGGGCUAGUCUAGAUUAGAUAUGAGAAUGAUCUGUAAGAAAAAGUUUGGAGGAUUGUGAG